AUGGCUAGUCCAAGCACCUGUGAGGAUGGCUACAACCUCCCUUAUAUCCUACCAAUGUUUGAGGUAUGUGGUGUCAGAGAGCAUCCAGUGAUGGGAUUACUUCCUACCAUACCAAAACUGAUUACAUCUGCCUCCCAGAAGAAGUGCCAGAGUGAAGGCAGCAGUGCCAUUCCACACGGCAAGCGAAUCUGUAGAUUUUCCGAUUGCCUAGACGAUCCGUGUAUGAACGGCCGGUGUGAAGACACAAUGACGGGCUUUGUGUGCCAUUGUCCCGCUGAAUUCACGGGGCGGAAAUGCGCAACACGUCUGAAUGAUUAUAAUCCAGACCAUUCCACGCCUUCACCAGGGAUCAGGAACUUAUAUCCUAAAGCAUUUGAAGAAGAUCUCAAUCCGAACAAAACAAGUUAUCGUUGUUUACUAGUGGAUACAACACCGCCAGAAGUCACAGGUUGCCCAACGAAUCAGACAGUCACUGUUUCUGUUGGGAUUACAAACCAUACGUUUACCUGGACACCGCCAUCAGCCACCGAUGAAUCUGGGAUUCUGUCGGUCAUCGCUGACAAUGAUCCCGGAGUGAGUGUUUCUGUAGGAGAACCUGUCACUGUAACAUACACUGUGACCGACAACAACGGGCUGACGAACACAGAGUGUUCUUUCAACCUCACUGUUAUACAAGAAGAAGAUACCACCAAACCUGUUGUUACCGGCUGCCCCAACAAUAUUAUAUUCACUGUCCCCGUUGGUACUUCUACCCAUACCUUUUACUGGCAAGCGCCAAUAGCUACGGAUGAUGCUGGGAUUGAAUCGAUCGUUUCUGAUCAUGAACCUGGCGUUGUGGUCUCUGUUGGCCAACCUAUCACUGUUACCUACACUGUCACUGACAAUAAUGGAUUGGUUAAUACAGAGUGUUCGUUCACCCUUACUGUCGUAAAUGCAGAAGAUACUGUUCCGCCAGAAGUAGUAGGAUGUCCUCAAGAUCAAACAAUCACUUUGCCUGUCAUGGAGAUUACUGCUGAUAGUGAUCCUCCUACGCAUUCAUUCACCUGGGAACCACCAACUGCUACUGAUGAUGCAGGGAUUCAAUCUAUUAUUGCCAAUAAGAAUCGUCCGCUGACUCUUUCUGUAGGUGAUACCGUCACUGUCACCUACACUGUGAUUGAUAACAGUGGGCUGAUCAACACAGACUGUUCUUUCACAUUCUCUCUUCAACAAGAAGCUGAUACUGUUCCGCCAGAAGUAGUAGGAUGUCCUCAAGAUCAAACAAUCACUUUGCCUGUCAUGGAGAUUACUGCUGAUAGUGAUCCUCCUACGCAUUCAUUCACCUGGGAACCACCAACUGCUACUGAUGAUGCAGGGAUUCAAUCUAUUAUUGCCAAUAAGAAUCGUCCGCUGACUCUUUCUGUCGGUCAUACCGUCACUGUCACCUACACUGUGACUGAUAAUAGUGGACUGGUCAACACAGACUGUUCUUUCACAUUCUCUCUUCAACAAGAAGCUGAUACGACCCCACCAGUGGUUAACGGUUGUCCUCCAGAUCAGACAAUCACUGCUGCUACUAGUUCGUCUACGGAAUCGUUCACCUGGAAUCCUCCAACUGCUACCGAUGAUGCAGGGAUUCAAUCUAUUGUUCCUAGUCUGGCUCCUCCGCUGACGCUUUCUGUUGGUAAUAGCUUCACCAUCACCUACACUGUGACUGAUAACAGUGGACUGACCAAUACAGGCUGUUCUUUCACGCUCUCACUUCAACAAGAAGAGCCCGAUGUAGUUGGAGGUGGACCGGUUCCGGAUGACGUCAAGCCGACAGUCCAUAACUGUCCCUCUGACCAGACGUUUACGAUUCCUGUCGAUGAUGCGAGUAUGACAUCCAAUACCUUCUCGUGGACACCACCGACAGCUUCCGAUGACUCUGGGAUUCAGUCGACGCAGUCGAGCCAUCACCAGGGCGUUGCGGUGUCUGUCGCUGACGGACCCCUCACCGUGACAUACACGGUGACUGAUAACAGCGGGAUGGUCAACUCCGAUUGCUCUUUCACCCUCACUACCCGAUAUGAAGAUCGUGAAUGGAAAUGCACGCCCACCAAGUGCUACUAUCUUGAUGCCGCCGACCGAUCGUGGCAAGAAGCCGACAAUUUCUGCACUAAUCUCAACCUCGUCCACACCUCAUCGGGAAAAAAGGACCCGUCUCUGCUUUUUAACGAUAACGAUCCAGAUUUUGAGGUCAUAGAGGGUCUGUUCUCACUGAAUAGAGAGGUGUGGAUCAACUGUAAGGGCAGUGGUUCUGGUGGCGCCCUUGUCUGUGACGUGGAUGGUACGGGGACCAGUCAUACUACCACGAAUUGGAACUCUGGUGAACCGGCUGGCGGAGUCAUCGCGUGUGUAGCUGUUGAAUUGAUUUCUGAGAAGUGGACAAGCCACGGGUGCCAGGAACACUAUCACACCAUAUGCCAUAUAAUACUCUAGAAAAGACAUACACUGCAAAAACCCUGUUUAAAAGCUGGUUGUUUAAAGGGGGAGUGAACUGUGUGUAGUCUCUCAUUGACUGUGUGUUAUAAAUACAUAGUCUUAAAGUAUACUUUUUCAGAUAUCUACUAAUACUUAAGAGAAAAUUGACCUCUAAUUGUAUUUCUAUAGAGAAAAUAAAAUGUUUUGAGAGGAAAAGUAAUUGUUGUGAUAGUUAUUAAUAAAACA